AUGAAGCCCAAUCACCGCCCGAGAACCGCCGUGGGGCGAAGUGAGAUCAGGUCCGAGAGAAAGGAGAAGACAGCUCUGCUGGUGUGUCCCUCUCUAAUCAGAUUCCAGUGCAUUGGAUUGCAUGGGGAAAAGAGGCACUUCUUGCCAGACAGCCAGAUCCAAUCUAAUCCGGGCUAUUGAGAUCGUGGAGAUGAUGCAAUUAAGACGAGGGUUGGGGGGGAGUUCCCAGGAGAUCGGCAUCGGUUAGAGCGGCAGAGAUCACCCGAAGGAGAGCGGCAGCGUUUUCUAGUCGACAUGAGAGCUUCAUUUCCUUUGCUUCUCGUUCCUCUCAUGACCCUCAUCUUCCUGACUCCGGUCCACCUUCGUGGGAGUGAGGAAUGGAUGGAGGAAGACGAUGGAGAGAGGAGAUACAGCGGGGAAGAGGCGAGGAACGGAUCUGAGAUCCUGGUUCAAUUGGGCGGGACUGCACUCCUCCCGUGCACAUUAGCCCAUCUCCUCCUACUCUCGCCCGAGGACGGAGAUCAGGUAUCCUGGAUCCGGAGGAGAGACCUCCAUCUGCUGACAGUGGGAGCGGGGGCAUACAGUGGGGACUCCCGCUUCAUACCCGUCAAGGGCAGGCAUUCCUCCACUUGGGCGCUGGAGAUCAGUAGAGUGGAGAAAGGGGACGAGGGGGUCUACGAAUGCCAGCUCCCCACUUAUCCCCCGCAGUCUCUCUUCCUACGCCUUCGAGUCAUCGAGGCAGAAGCGGAGAUCACGGGAGGCCGCGACCAGGUGCACGUGAUGAGUGGCAGUAAACUGGAACUGACGUGUGUGUUACGACAAGCGACGCAGAGCCCCGAAUUCCUCUUCUGGUACAGGGGCGACACGCUCCUCAACUUCCGCAACGAUCGCCCCGACCUCGCGGUGAAAACGAAGGGGUUCUCGUCCGUUCUGACCAUCGAGAGGGCGAGGAAGGAGGAUUCCGGGAAUUACUCCUGCGUUCCGGACAAGGCCAAGCCUGCUUCGGUUCUCGUUCACGUCAUCCACGGUGAGAACCCUGCUCCGAUGCAGCAAAAGGGCGGAGGCGGGACAUUAUGGGAGAGAAAGACUCUCUUCGGACUUCUAACUUACAUCUUCGUCUUCAGUGUCAUCCGGUGAUUCUCCCUCGAGGACCAAUAAAUAAAAACGAGAGAGAAAACAAGAGACCACAAGGGACUUUUCGGACGCUGUUCUACAUAUCUCCUUUUUAUUCGUGCGAUGAAGGGCGUGGUUGAGACCUCCGUCGGCAAUGAAUGGACCAGAGGG